AUGGCCGGCGGCCGCCCGUUCCGGCCGUCCGCGCCGCGCCGCGCCGCGUUCGCCGCCCUGCUGACGCUCCUCCUCCUGGCGUCCCUCGCAUUCCUCCUCUCCUCCGCCCCCGCCGCCGCCUCCUCCCGCUCAUCCUCGGCAUCGUCCCCGCCGUCCCGCCUCGCCGCCAUCCGCCGCCACGCCGCGGACCACGCGGCCGUCCUGGCCGCCUACGCCGCCCACGCGCGCAAGCUCAAGGAGGCCUCGGCCGCGCAGUCGCUCUCCUUCUCCGCCCUCUCCUCCGACCUCUCCGCGCUCUCCUCCCGCCUCGCCUCCCGAGGCCCCCUCCCGGAGGAGGCCCGCAGGCCCCUCGAGAAGGAGGCCCGCGACCGCAUCAAGCACGCCCGCCUCCUCGCCGCCGACUCAAAGGAGGGGUUCGACACGCAGUCCAAGAUCCAGAAGCUCUCCGACACCGUCUUCGCCGUCGGCGAGCAGCUCGCCCGCUCCCGCCGCGCCGGCCGCAUGUCCUCCCGCAUCGCCGCCGGCUCCACGCCCAAGUCCCUGCAUUGCCUCGCCAUGCGCCUCCUCGAGGCCCGCCUCGCCAAGCCCUCCGCCUUCGCCGACGACCCCGACCCGUCCCCCGCGUUCGAGGACCCCUCGCUCUACCACUACGCCAUCUUCUCCGACAACGUCCUCGCCGUCUCCGUCGUGAUUGCCUCCGCGACGCGCGCCGCCGCUGACCCCUCGCGCCACGUCUUCCACGUGGUCACCGCGCCCAUGUACCUGCCUGCAUUCCGCGUCUGGUUCGCGCGCCGCCCGCCGCCGCUUGGCGUGCACGUCCAGCUCAUCGCCUACUCCGACUUCCCGUUCCUCAACGCCUCAUCCUCGCCGGUGUUCAGGCAGAUUGAGGCCGGCAAGAGGGACGUGACGUUGGUCGAUUACCUGAGAUUCUACCUCCCGGACAUGUUCCCGGCGCUGCAGAGGGUAGUGCUCUUGGAAGAUGAUGUGGUGGUGCAGAAGGAUUUGGCGGCCCUUUGGCAUGUCGACUUGGAUGGGAAGGUGAAUGGCGCCGUGGAGAUGUGCUUCGGGGGGUUCAGGAGGUACAGGAAGUAUCUCAACUUCACGCAGGCCAUAGUGCGUGACAGGUUUAGUCCCAGUGCCUGUGCGUGGGAGUAUGGGGUCAAUGUGUUUGAUCUCGAGGCAUGGCGACGGGAUGGCUGCACCGAGCUGUUUCAUCAAUACAUGGAGCUGAAUGUGGAUGGUGCACUCUGGGAUCCGACAUCUGUUCUACCAGCAGGGCUGAUGACAUUCUAUGGCAAUACCAAGCCACUUGAUAAGUCAUGGCAUGUGAUGGGUCUUGGAUAUAAUCCAAGCAUCAGCCCUGAGGUUAUCCGUGGUGCUGCAGUGAUACACUUUAAUGGAAAUAUGAAGCCAUGGCUUGAUGUUGCUUUCAACCAGUACAAGUCUCUGUGGACCAAGCAUGUAGACACUGAAAUGGAGUUCCUGACACUAUGUAACUUUGGUCUCUGA